GUAAAGUGGAGGAAACCACACUUCGGGGCUUCCCAUGUACACAUACCUGCGGCAAGCGCCUCAAGGGAGGACGGAGGCGGGGCAGAAGACGGCGGCGACGGCUCCACGACGGGUGGAGAAGGCUCCUCCGACGGACGGGUAGCCUGGCUCUCGACCUGGCCCAUGAAGAGAGGCAGAGCGGGAGAAGGCGGCGGCCACCCUCGUCUCUUCCGGUAGGUGGGUUAGUAGGGAGAGGCGAGAACGAUAGGGCGGCGGAGUAGGCUGCAAUUGCAACGCUGGUCAAAGUCGAGGCAGCGACACUCACCGCCAACGUCGGAAGGAAACUUCAACCGCAGUUCGACUAGCGCCGGCGCGUCCCAGACUCCCAGCCGUCGGAUCGCUGGACGCUGGGCGCCUGGGCGACUCGCGUGAUGGUCACGAUCUUCACUGGGCCACGGAACUAUAUGGGCCGGUCGCCGAUGCCCGAGGUGGGCUUCUGCUAAUGGACCCCCAGAUUCCCCCGCGGCUCCUCUCUUCCUGUCUUACGUCGCUCGCCGCAUUUCGCCAUUUUUGGGGAGGGUGUGUUCCAGCCUUGCAGGCCGCCGAGAUGGUGGGAGGCAGCAAGCCGCUGGGGGAAAGCGUAUUCGCGGUCCACGCGGUCGCCGGUGCGGCGGCGAUCAGCGCCUCCGCCGUCGCCGUGUACCCCCUCGAUACGGUCAAGACACUCCUCCAGCUGGGAGCGACGGGGCAGAAGCAGAAGAUGGGGCUCCGGCAGGUGGUGGACCGGCUCAUGGCCGCUUCCGGCCCUGCAGGUUUUUACAAUGGCAUUGGAUGGUCCAUAUUGGGUAAACUUCCUGGAUUGGGAGCACGUUUUGGGACCUAUGAACUUUUAACAGCCUUCUAUAAAGAUGGAAGGGAGGACAACUAUGUCUAUUAUUCUGAGGCUAUGAAGGCUGGCAUAGCUGCUGGUGCUGUAGAGGCUGUUUUCUGCACACCAUUUGAACUUUUCAAACUUCGAAACCAAGUUAGUUCUGUGAUUCCUUCAAAAGCUAUGGGCCCUGCAAAUGUUGCUCAAGAAUCAUUUCCACUGCUUUCCAAACUGUUGCCUGGAUAUGUUCCUGAUAUAAGGGUGUGGAACAACACCAUGAGCCUUUUAUCUGAUCUUUCUCCCAAGCAUCCUGACAUGUUGGGUGCUCUGAAACAGCACCCAUGGAUGCUUACGGGCUCUGGGAAACCCCCAUUACCGUCUGAUGUGCAUCUACCUUCUAGAGUGAUAUUGCUUGAAGGAUGGGGUGCUCUUUGGAGAGGGCUCAGAUCAGGGAUAGCUCGAGACUGUGUAUUUGGUGGUAUGUUCUUUUCUACUUGGCAAUUCCUACACACAGUGAUGCUCACCUGGAAGGCAGUUAAUAUGAGCCCUAAACCUAGAAAUCUAGAAGCAGCAGGACCUGUACCCCCUUUUGCCUCUAGUGUUGCUGCAGGCUUUGCAGGAGCGAUAGCAGCUGCUGCUUCACAUACAUUUGAUACUGCUAAAAGUCGUUCAGAGUGUACUGUGGUGCCUAAGUAUAUCGCAAUGGAGAGGAAGUUUCUUAAGUGGAAAGCACCAGGAACGUGGAUAGAGAGGAAGACAGGAAUAUCCCCUGCUGAUAGGAAUGUUUUGUUCCGUGGCAUUGGCCUACGAACCGCCCGUAGUGGAAUCGCAUCAUUUGUGUUAGUCGGCUCAUACUAUUUAGCUGUGAAUCACCUCUCGUAGUUGAUCAAGAGAAAUCAUAUGGAGAUUUUUUUUUGCAUUCAGAAGUUCAAAACUAAAAUUUUAUGACUGUAUAUGCAUGCACUGAAUGGCUGGAAGCUGACUUUGCCACAGU